AUGGUUGAUGCCACUACUGGUUUUGAUAGGCUCACAUUUCUUGAUGCAUACUCCGGCUAUAACCAAAUCCCUGUGAAUCCAGAGGAUGAAGAGAAGACUGCUUUCAUAACAGAGAAGGGCACCUACUGUUACAGAGUCAUGCCCUUCAGGCUCAAGAAUGCUGGGGCAACUUACCAGCGCUUUGUUGACAAGAUCUUCGACGAGAUGUUGGGAAAGAUGAUCGAGGCCUAUAUCGACGAUAUGGUGGUCAAAAGUGUGAAGAAGGAAGAAUAUCCUAAGCACCUCCAAGAGGUCUUUGACACUUUGAGAAAGUAUGGCAUGAAGCUAAACCCUUCGAAGUGCUCCUUUGCGGUUUCUUCAGGACAGUUCCUCAGCCAUAUUGUAAACAAAAGGGGAAUUGAGGCUGCUCUAAAUCAACUGAAGUGCUACAUGGGUGAACCCCCGAUUCUGUCAGCUCUGAAGCCUGGUGAAACUCUUAUCAUCAAGACAAUAAAAGAUACAGAAACGCGAUACAGCAAAGCAGAGAAGAUCAUAUUAGCAUUGGUGUAUGCAAAGAGAAAACUUCGACACUACUUUGAGUCGCACAGCGUCAAAGUUCUUACCAACUGCUCCAUGCGAGUCAUUCUUUCCAAGCCUGAUUUAUCCGGAAGAAUAACUAAAUGGGUAAUCGAACUCAGUUCCUUUGAUAUAUCCUAUGAACCGAAGGUGUCACACAAAGGACAAACACUAGCUGAUUUCCUCUUGGAGUAUGAGGAUAAACCCGAAGAGCCAAGCCCUUCCGAGCCACAAUGGGAGCUUCGGGUGGGUGGUUCCUUAAACCUGAUUAGUGCCAGGGCCGGAGUCGUUAUCACAACCCCCGAAGGCACCAAGCAUGAGGCAGAAUAUGAGGCCUUGCUCGCAGGACUCCAGCUAAUACCUUGCGAGGAGAAUUCUGAAGCAGAUCAGUUGGCUACAGCAGCAUCUUCUUCGGAUGAAGAUUUAGUCCAGAUCGUACCAAUUGACAUCCUGGAUGAACCAAGUAUAAGCCCUCGGCAAGAGAUAAUGGUGAUCCUAGAUGUUCCACGCGAAGUAUAUUGGAUGGAUCCAUUGGAAGCUUACCUUAAGGAGGUGACUCUUCCAAACCAGAAGGCCGAGGCACUGAAACUCAGGCUUAUCACAACUAAAUAUGCUAUCAUCAAUAAUCAAUUAUAUUGGAAGUCAUUCUCAGGUCCUUACCUGAAAUGUUUAAGUCCCACUGAAGCCCUCAUGAUUCUGAAACAGAUUCAUGACCGGGAUUGUGGCAAUCACUCUGGAGGUAGAUCCUUGGCACAUAAGCUCCUGGCUCAAGGUUAUUUCUGGCCUUACUUGGCUUGGAAUACUAAAGAGUAUGCCAGAAAAUGUGAUAAGUGCCAACGACAUGGUCCAAUGAAACAUCAACCGGUCGAAGAUUUGCACACAAUGUCGAAUCCAUUGCCAUUCACUCAAUGA